UUAUUCUGAUAAAUUUCAAAGGAAACUAUUUUUGUCUCGCUACAAAGGAACUCAAAUAUUGGCAUGAUUAGUUAAAUGCGUACGAAAGAGAUACGAGAAUAGAAUGCAUCAGCGAUGAGUUGAACAUACUUAUAACUAAUUUUGGCAUCUUUUUCAUAUUCUAUUUGUUCCGGUUGUGGCGGUUCACUCGCUUCUAAGCAAGAAGAAGAAGAACAUCUAUCAUAUAAGUGUGAGAACAUAAGCCUAUACUGUUUUACCUUCUUCAUUAUUUUCUUCCGUUGUUUGUUCGUUUGGCUUUGCUAUCAUUGUUGGCGGUGCAAAUGUAAAUGGUAAUGGUGAUAGAUUAAUUAAACGUGGUCAAGUGCAACUUCAUGUGAAAGAAAUUGUUGAGGAAACUAGUACUAAACGACAAAUGAUUAUUCGAUCCGAUGAUUCAUUAGGUCGAUUAUUUUUGAAUAUUCAAUGGACGAAAAAAGUUGAAGUAAAAAAAAAUUCGACAAAAGAUAUAACAUUUUUUUGUAUGCUUAAUCCAGAAAUGCCAGAAAUUCCAGCUAAUGAAGUGGUAAUUAUUAUUCUAAGAUUUGACAAUGAAACAGAACGUAAUGAAGCUUAUGAUAAGCUUCAAUCUGAAAGAACCUAG